AUGUCUUCCCCAAUGUGUAGUCUUGCCUUUAUCAACGCCAUUCUUUUUGGUGUCCAAGGCAACGUUCAACGGUGUUUUUCUGAUCCCAGCUCUAUCACUAGCCAUAUGAUAGGGGGAGCCGCAGCGGGAGCAGUACAAAGUGUAAUAACCAGCCCAAUGGAGCUGGCUAAGACCCGGAUGCAGCUUCAAGGACAACACGCAGUAAAAACACGAUUCCUUCGUUCCACAGAAUUUUCACACUCGUAUAGUGGUCCGACUGACUGCCUGAUGAAGUUAUUUCGAACGGAAGGCACACGUGGGAUCUUCAGAGGCCUCAGUUGCACAAUUCUUAGAGACUGUCCAGGUUUUGCGAUUUAUUUUGGAGCGUACGAACUUUUUAUUCGCCUCUUUUCGAACACUGAUAUUUGUGGUUUAAUGAUAGCUGGAGGUUUAGCUGGCAUCAUUUCUUGGAUCUCGAUUUAUCCGUUGGAUCUAGUGAAGUCUAGACUACAAGCUGACGGAACAGUUGGACCACACCAGUUCAAUGGCAUCAUAGACUGUACAACGAAGACGUAUCGACGUGAAGGUUUGAAAGCGUUCACCCAAGGCUUAAACUCUACAAUCCUAAGGGCAUUUCCAACCAAUGCUGCCAUAUUUUUCACUGUUUCUUGGGUUACUAAGUUCUGCGAAAACACCAAGGAUAAGUUUGAAUUUUCAGCCGAUAGAAAUGCUCAAAGUUUGCCCUUGGAAGAGAAUACUGACCGCAUCAUUUGUUUUGACAAAUGA